AUGUCGUCCCUACGUAACAGCGUCCAGCGGCGAUCCCACCGCGAGCGGGCGCAGCCCCUCGAGCGCGAGCGACUCGGCCUGCUCGAGAAGAAGAAGGACUACCAGAAGCGGGCGAAGGACUAUAACAAGAAGAAGGCGGUCCUCAAAUCGCUGCGGCAAAAGGCGGCCGACCGCAACGAGGAUGAGUUCUACUUCGGCAUGAUGUCGCGCAAGGGCCCCGGCGCCUCCAUCACCCGGGGCAAGGCCUUCACCGGCAACGUCGACGGCGACCGCGGCAACAAGGCCAUGGACGUCGAUACCGUCCGCCUGCUCAAGACCCAGGAUCUGGGCUACGUCCGGACGAUGCGGAACGUGGCGGCCCGGGAAGUGCGCGAGCUGGAGGAGCGCUUCAUUCAAGCGGGAGGGGCAGAAUUGGACGAGGACGAGGACGACAGUGACGACGAUAUGGACCCGAGAGGGAGCAGGCGUUGGAACGAGCAGAGGACGAAGACGAAGCGAUGCGGGAUCUAG